AUGCCGACGCCCAAGGUCUUCAUCAUCCGCCACGGCGAGACCGAGUGGUCGCUGAGCGGCAAGCACACGGGCCGCACCGACAUUCCGCUCACAGCCAACGGCGAGAAGCGCGUACUGGCUACCGGAAGGGCCAUGGUCGGGCCGGACCGCCUGAUUGUGCCCGGCAAGCUUGACCACAUCUACGUAUCGCCCCGCAAACGCGCCCAGCGCACCUUUGAGCUGCUCAAUCUCGGCCUGCCAGGCGGUGCCUUGCCCUGGGAGCCCCACGGCGAGAACCCAUGUGAGGGCCUCCGGUGCGCAGCUGCCGUCCAGGUCACCGACGACAUCCGGGAGUGGGAUUAUGGUGACUACGAGGGCAUCACCAGUCCCGAGAUUCGCCAGAUCCGCGCCGACCAGGGCGUCGAGGGUGGCCGCUGGGAUAUUUGGCACGACGGCUGCCCAGGCGGCGAGAGCCCACAAGACGUGACGGAGAGGCUAGAUAGGCUGAUUCACGAGAUCCGCGAAAAGUACCAUCGUCGAGUACUGGAAAGGACGCACCCCGAUCCUGCCGCCACGGGAAAUGUUCUCAUAGUCGCCCAUGGUCACAUUCUACGCGCCUUGGCGCUGCGCUGGAGUGGCCUUCCGCUCGACGCUGGCCCAACCUUUUUACUUGAGGCGGGCGGCGUGGGCACGCUGAGCUAUGAGCAUCACAAUCUCGAUGAGCCUGCCAUCUUGCUGGGCGGUGCUUUUGUUGUUGGCGAUGAAUAG